AUUUAGGACAAUAGACCCACUAUUAAUGGGGCCAACCUGUGUAUUCCUGGCAUCCAAAGUGGAGGAGUUUGGUGUCAUAUCAAACAGUAGACUUAUAACAGCCUGUCAGACUGUCAUAAAGAACAAGUUCUCCUAUGCCUUCAACCAGGAGUUUCCAUACAGAAUAAACCAUGUACUAGAAUGUGAAUUCUACCUAUUAGAAAUGAUGGACUGCUGCUUGGUGGUGUACCACCCAUACCGACCUCUGACCUCAUAUGUACAGGACAUGGGACAGGAGGACACAGUCUUGCCUCUGGCAUGGCGAAUAGUGAAUGACAGUUAUCGGACAGAUGUUUGUCUACUGUAUCCUCCCUUCAUGAUCGCACUGGCUGCGCUGCACAUGGCCUGUGUCAUCCUUCAGAAAGAUGCCAAACACUGGUUUGCAGAAUUGUCAGUUGAUAUGGAAAAGAUGUUAGAGAUCACCCGAGUCAUCCUGCGUCUGUAUGAUCUGUGGAAACAGUACGAUGAAAGGAAGGAGAUCCUCAGUCUGCUCAGUAAGAUGCCCAAAGCUAGGGUCGCCCAGCCUGGGCAAUCAUCAUCAGAUGGAAAACAAGGCUCACAAGGGGGUUCUCAGAAGUAGUAUUUGUGCAUGGGGUUUCCUAAUAUUGAGUAAUGUGAUAUUGCCCCAACCUUUAAGUAUCCUUUUGACAAAUAUUUAUAACUGAACACACAACAAAAAGUUAGCUACUAUGGGGAGCUUUUGAAACACACUCUGUCUCUUUGUCAACCCGGUAAAGAUCUCAUCUUGGAGUUCUGUUGUCACGUGACUUGAUGUGAUUAUCACAUGACAAGAGACAGUCAUAUACAGGCUUCAGGUAGUCAUGCCCCGU